AUGAGUGAGUGGUACAGGAUGAAGAACGGUUUCAAUAAUAAACAUAAUUCUUCCGAAAUAUCGGUAGAGACUUCAUGUGAUAUAUCAGACUCUUUCAACAUAUUUUCUGAUAAUUUGAGCCCCAUACCGGCUGCAAUAGUGCCAAGGAAGUUGGAUUUUAGUUCUGUGGACGAUGAUGAGUGUAUUCGGAACACAUCACCGACUACAGCAUCCCUGAGUCCACCGUAUAAGAGAGUUAGAGCUUUGAAGUUGUUCGACAGUCCGCACACACCCAAGACCCUCCUGGAGAAGUGUUCCACGCCCUCACACCACACCUCCAGGAUCAGACUGUUCCCACCCAAAGUUACUGCACCCACAGGUAUGUCGGGCUCCAGUCAUCACCUCCACCCGCCGUCAGACGAGGACUCCGCCCUCGGCAGCCUGCCGCCCGACGACGACGACUGCCGCAGGAGACGACCGCUCGCUAACAUCAACCCCUUCACACCCGACGGUCAAGCGCUGAACAAGAAGAAGAGGGCGCUGUCCAAGACACCCACGCUGGGGGAGAGCACGCCCGAGAAACCUGCCAAGAGACUACGGGAGUCCAACAUCUCCCGGUACAACGUGGAGUUCAUGGAGCUGGGAGUGAUCGGCUCGGGGCAGUUCGGGCGAGUGGCGAGGGCGCUCAACAGGCUGGACGGGUGUGUGUACGCGCUCAAGAGGAGUCUGAGGCCCGUGGCCGGCUCGGCCGCGGAGAGGGCCGCGCUCAACGAGGUGUACGCGCACGCCGCGCUCGGCAAACACGAGCAUCUAGUGAGGUACUACUCGGCGUGGGCGGAGGACGACCACAUGAUCAUACAGAACGAGUACUGCGACGGAGGCUCGCUGCAGCAGAAGAUGGAGGCGGGGCCGCUGACUGAGGGCGAGCUGCUGCUGGUGUUGGCGCACGUGGCGGACGGGCUGGCCUACAUACACUCGCAGCAGCUCGUGCACAUGGACCUCAAGCCCGGGAACAUCUUCAUCUGCACGGACAGCGGCGCCGCCGUGGACUCGGACGACGGCUACGACGACGACGACCUGCCGCCCGCCACGCACAAGUACAAGAUAGGCGACCUGGGACACGUGACGUGCACCUCCUCGCCCUCCGUGGAGGAGGGGGACUGCCGCUACCUGCCCAAGGAGGUGCUGCAGGAGGACUUCACGCACCUCACCAAGGCGGACAUAUUCGCGUUCGGUCUGACGUUGUUCGAGGCGGGCGGCGGAGGUCCUCUGCCCAAGAACGGUCCUCAGUGGCACGCGUACAGAGACGGACACCUACCGACCUUACCUCAGCUGUCGAGGGAGUUCAACCAGCUACUCAAGAAAAUGGUGGACCCCGACCCGAGCCAGCGACCCUCGGCCGCCCGGCUGAGGAGACACGCGCUGCUGCACCCGGCCGGGAACAAGAGUAAGGCGCAGCUGAGGAGGGAGCUGGCCGCCGCCAGGCUCAAGAACGAACUGCUCACCAGGAAACUACAGGAGGCGGCCAGGUGUAUCAAGUCCCUGACGCCCGGCCUGUGUGGGGAGACCUCGCGGCCGAGGACACGAGCGGCGAGGAGGUCCGACGAGAACAGACAGGACAGACGGACCAACAUUUACAAAUACAACGAACAAUACACAGUAGAAGUCAGCAAAAACACGGAAUAUAUCAUGGAGUUCGCGGGGGACCUGGUCACGUACGACACUCCAGCCAGAGUGACGGUCGCCAGCGACUUCGCGAACAGAACCUACCCGUUGUUCGUGACGGCGCGGCAACAGAAAGGUGUGUUCUCGUGGCAGCUGCCCAUGCUGGUGCAGACCCCGGACUCGUCGGAGCAGUUCAGCAACAUCUCGCGCACGCUCUGCCCCCACAACAACAUCUUCUCCGAGGACGAGGACGCCUGCGAUGUCCCAUCACUAAACGUCCCGAUCGUCCACCUGACGUCGUCUUCCCCCGAUCCCAUCAAGGUCACUAUAUUCGUGGAGACCGUGAAGGACUUCUUCAUACAACAGAACUCGGUGACCAAUCUAACUAGCACCCCGAGUCAGCCGAAGUACUAUUUCUAUCCGUUCGACCAGGGGCCGAAUAGAAUGGUCGAUAUAGAGACGCAGAGUAUCAGGAAGAAGUACAUGUGUAAUAAGGACUUGGAUGAGACGGAGCAGGCCAAGCUGGACAGAUACCACGUUAAGAGUGAGGGCUGGCUGUCCCGCUCUCAGAGUGUGAUCGUGAUGAUAGAGUCUGAUGAUGACUUGUGCGCGGUCGUCUCCAUACAGAACUUUUCGUGUCCCGUGUUUGAUAACGAGCGGGACAUCUUGUACGACGGCUUCUACCUCACCAUGACCAGGAGGGGAGGCAUCACACUCACCCAAGACUCGUUUCCGUACGGGUUCUACAUCGUGUUCAUAGUGAAGACUUCAGACGAGGCGUGUUACAACAACACGGGCACGCCCAAGAUGGCGGCGGACUUUGAGUGGGGGGAGAGGUUGACGGUCAGCGCGGAGAACGGACGGGUCAAGACGUUCAGGGUAGUGCCGACUAUCUCCUACUCCCAGUACCUGCUCGGUGCCGCGGCUCCUCUCGCCUUCUUCUUGUCCUUCUACGUGGCGUUCGUCCUGGCCGUCGUGUGUCAGAGAAAAAGACCAGCGUCAGACCUGGAGCGGCUCGUCUCCCCGGACACUCCUCACGACGUGUCCGUCGUGUCGUCUCCGUGCCGUCGUCGUGUCGUCAACGACGCCAGCUGCAGCUCGGCGGGGGGCGCGGGGGAGGGAGAGGGGCAGGGAGCGUGCAGCUCGUCCUCGGACACAGAGUCGGACGUGUCCGGCGUGGAGGUGAACCCAGACAAACAGAUACGGUUGGACGGGAGGCUGUGUGUGGCGCACCUCGCGAGGUGUCGCCCGCGCGUGUUGUCGUCUCGCUCCCGCAUGUACCUGUGGGCCGUGUUGACGGUGGCCGUGUUCUACACGCUGCCCGUCAUCCAGCUCGUGGUCACCUACCAGCGGCUCCUCAACCAGUCGGGUAACCAGGACCUGUGCUACUUCAACUUCCUGUGCGCGCACCCGCUCGGCUCCCUGUCAGACUUCAACCACGUGUACUCCAACGUGGGCUACAUUCUGUUAGGAGCGCUGUUCCUGCUGCAGGUCAGGAGGAGACACGUGCGGGCCGAGGCGAGGGGGCAGUCGGAGGUGGGCAUCCCUCAGCACUGGGGCCUGCUGUACUCGCUGGGCGUGUCUCUGUUGUCGGAGGGCCUGCUGUCCGCCGCCUACCACGUGUGUCCCAACAGCAUGAACUUUCAGUUUGACACGUCCUUCAUGUACGUGACGUCGGUGCUGUGCAUGGUCAAGAUCUACCAGUCGCGUCACGCCGACAUCAACGCGCGCGCUCACGCCACCUUCGGCGUGCUGGCGCUCAUCAUAUUCAUAGGUGAGGACGAACGAGACUCAUGUCUCGUGGGUGUACUGAACGCCAACCUGUACUUCUGGGUCCUGUUCACGGCGCUACACCUCGUCACGUGUCUCGUCCUCACCUUCCAGAUAUAUUACUUGGGACGGUUUAAAUUCGACCUGUCGGCCGCGUGUCGCGGGUGCCGCUCGCUGCUGCUGGGCCGCCUGCCCGCGCCGGCUCACUGCGGCCGCCUGGUGCUGCUGCUGCUCGCCAACAUGUCCAACUGGGCGGUCGCCGCUUACGGCCUGUCUCAACACAGCCGCGACUUCGCGUCGCACCUGCUGCUGGUCCUCAUGAGCAACCUGUUCCUGUACACUCUGUUCUACAUCGUCAUGAAGCUGCUGCACCGGGAGAGCAUCCGCUGGUACAGCUGGGUGUUCAUCUUCCUCACGUACUCGGUGUGGUUCAGCUCCAGCUACUUCUACCUGGACCUCAGCACCAACUGGGCCCUCUCCCCGGCCCAGUCCCGCCGCCACAACCGCGUGUGCUCCCUGCUGCAGCUGUUCGACUCGCACGACUCGUGGCACUUCUUAUCUUCCAUCGCGAUGUUCUUCUCCUUCAACAUGUACCUCACCAUCGACGACAACCUCAACCACGUGCCGCGGACUGAGAUCAUGGUGUUCUAG